AGAUGGUCCAGUGCAGGGGCGGACUGACAACUCAUGGGGCCCCAGGACAAUAGGGGUUGAUUGGGCCCGUGUCCUUGCCCACACUCAAACCACUCCCUAAAAAGCCUAUGAAAGGUACCAGGGGCAUCUCAUGGGGCCCCUUACUGACCCCGGGCCCUCUGGCAGUGCCCGAGUUUCUAAAUGGUCAGUCCGCCCCUGGUCUGGUAUAUAAACCUUCAGCCCGGGUUCACAUAUAUGUGGUGCGGUAUAUCGCAUGUGAUUCGUACAAGAACCGCACCUCAUUCCUGUGCAAAUCACAUGCGAUUUGUGUGCGGUGCGAUUGGAGCCUUACAUUUUGUAUGGCUCAAAUCGCACCGCAC